UAGCUCCCCACGGCUAGUCACCUUUUACCAGCAGGGAGGGAAGUAACGCUGUAAAGAGCGUGGAAACUCGCAGAAAGUGCUGAAAAAGAACCGAAACUCCACUUCGGAGCGCGGCCUGAGAGGAAACCGGAACUUUUGCAACGGGGGUCGUCUCGCUGGGGGGACGAUGUGGAGUGCGUGGAAGUUUGUGUUUACUGAUGUUGGGGAAGCUAGCUGGCUAACACCGUUAGCCUGUUAGCGAGAAAACACUCAGAACUCCGCCGAACUUGACGGGCAAGACGGAUAACACACACUUUACCGACGGGACGUUUCGAGUCUAUUAGUCAAACUCAUGUGACUUUGCUGCGAGCCACGAGAUUGUGUGGAUCGUUUCAUUCCUGACGUGUGUUCACUGCAACUGCAAGAUCUCCAGACGAGCAAACGGAUGACGAGACGUGGUUUUAUGAUUGCGAUUUGUCGGACUUAGUUCACGGUCCUCCUCCAGAGAUGGGCCCCGUCCUCAGCCAGUGAGACCCCGGGGGGAGAGGAUCUGCAGCCCGCUGAGCCAUGGGAGGAUGUGUGGGGAGGUACUGGGAAGGCUGGGAGGACACGCAGAGCCGAGGCUCGUCCAGGAACGGUGGACGUGGAGGACGGAACGAGCCCCUGAAGAAAGACCGGCCCAAGUGGAAGAGCGACUACCCGAUGACGGAGGGCCAGCUGCGCAGCAAGCGGGACGAAUUCUGGGACACGGCGCCGGCGUUUGAGGGCCGCAAGGAGAUAUGGGACGCCCUGAAGGCCGCCGCCGUGGCCCUGGAGUGCAACGACCACGAGCUGGCCCAGGCGAUCGUGGACGGCGCCAGCAUCACACUGCCGCACGGAACCCUGACGGAGUGCUACGACGAACUGGGGAACCGCUACCAGCUGCCCGUCUACUGCCUGGCCCCGCCCGUCAACCUCAUCUCGGAGCGCAGCGACGAGGACCCCGGCGACAGCCCCGAGCCCUCGGCGGCAACCAAGAAGGAGUUCCAGCUCAAGGUCCGCCUGUCCACGGGAAAGGACGUGCGCCUCAGCGCCAGCAUGGCCGACAGCAUCGGGCAGCUGAAGAAGCAGCUGCAGGUCCAGGAGGACAUCGACUCCGGACACCAGCGCUGGUUCUUCUCCGGGAAGCUGCUGACGGACAAGACGCGGCUGCAGGACACCAAGAUCCAGAAGGACUUCGUCAUCCAGGUCAUCGUCAACCCGCAGGCCCUCCAAGCAAACAAGACCCCCACGUCCGAGUAGCCCAGGGGGCGGGGCGGUGGCGGGAAGGGGGCGGGGCUUCCACAUCCUGGAAGGUCUGUCUGACUGUGGAGAAGGGAGGAACUGCAAAGCGCUGCUUUUCUUUCUCGUGCUGCCUUUCAGCGUUCCAACCACGACUUCUGCGAGCCUUAAGAGGAGCCCGACGUGCACGCUCAACGUGCACGCGCCGCCUCCGGGUGCCAACGGAGGGAAAGUGUUGGUUGUGAAGCACAUUACUACUAAAAGACAUGUCAGUGUAUGUGAGCCUUUUCUUUCUUUCUUUUUUUCCCACCUCCUUCGUUCUUUUACUGAGGAAAUAUUGUAAACCGAGCUUUUUUUGCACAUUCAAAGAUUAUUACUAUACUUUUGUGGUAGUUUGUGUGCCUUCGACAAGACAAAAAAUGAAAUCUGGGGGCCUUCGACGCAAGAUUUACAGCUCAGCCUUGUGUUUUUUUUUUAGAUUCAGGAGCUAACAGAUUGAUCUAAGCUAUAAUUGCUGCCUUUAAGAGAAAACUAUCUAAAACACAUCUUAAAGGACCAGCGUCAGGAUUCAGAGGGAUCGAUCUGUGGAAAACUUUCUACCCGAAAGCCCGAAAUGAACAAAUCUGGAUGUGGAAAAGGGCUUUUCUGGAAACGUCUCCCCCGCUGCUGGUUCCCGGACGCCUUCGGAAGAGGAAUUCAAGCCACUAGUUGCCGCUAAAUCCUUCGACCUCGUCCUUUUACCCCAGUAGUUCAUGAAGGGAAAGAAGCUCUCGGAUCACUACAGAAAGAGAGCCGCUGAACGCUCGGAUAAUCACAGGCAUCCUUCUGCCUUUCAUCACCUGCUGAACGCAGACGCAGUGUUUCCUUUCGAAUCUCUUGGGAUUCCCCCUUCAAAAGACUUCACAAAAAGCGGCGAAUGAGAAAGAAGAGUUUGAGGGGUUUAGUCAUAUUUAAAUGAAAAAAGAAAAAUGUGAUUAGAGGUGGAGUCAUUAGGAAACGUUAACGUUCCCUUUACAGUUUUUCUGCCUUAACGUCAUCCCAUUAGAGGGGUUCGACCCUCCAGCCGGUGGUUUUCAUUCGCCACUGCCUCCCGUCACACGGGGAGCUCAACCAGACUGAGCCGCCGCCGCUUCCCCACGCCACAACGACUGGCCUUCUUCCUCUGCUCUCCCCUCUACCAAGACUUUUUGUUUGUGUGUUAUUAAAAGGGAUAUUUUGUAAUCGUCGUAUGCAAACUUGAAUGAGCAAUUCACUCUGUAUGUGCAAUACAAGAGACCUGGAAGCAUUGAUUUCACGAAGCACCAGCCACGACUUUUAUUAACGUCACGCAGAAAAGCAACAAUCUGAAGCCUGAGUCUGAUAAUCAGCUGCUCCACAGCGGGCCUCCAUGGACUCCCUCCUCUGACCGAUAUCUAAAAAUCUGAUCUUGAUGCAGCCCCUCCCCCCUCCCGGUGUCCAUUCAGCAUUGCGAUGUGAAGGUUAGCGCUCUGCUGACAGCUUUAUUGGUAACGUCUCCUCUUACAGCGGGUCCCUGUUUACCUCGCGUCUCUCCGCCUGUCCUCUGUUUUUCCUCUUUUAAUCCUCCCAGCAGUCGCGGAAGCGAUCCGUGGCCUUCUGAACCGAUUCCGGAAAAGCCCUCGUUCGAUCCGCGGCCUUGAUACGACGACACGACAGCAGAGUGUGG